AUGGCAGAUCGUGGAGUCCAGUCAUACGCGUUGCGUCGUAGGAAAGCAGACGCGAAGGACGGCGGUAAUGACGCUACGGCGAGGCAGCAGCCGCCCAUAGGUGUUGGCGGACCCGACGAGCAGCCGUCUCCGAUAAGCGCCGCGGCGGAUGACAACGUCGAGACGAGCAACGAGGGCGGGAAGCAGACACUGAUGGGUUCUCUACAUUCCGUUGCCGGGACUCCUAGCAACCGGAUGGAAGACUUGUCGCUGGAGAAGGAGACGACGAUGGCGGGUGGCGAAACAAGGAAGUUGAUGAGGGAGGCCUCCACCGACGAGGAGGUGAGGCCGGAAGCGAGUGGGAGAGGAACCGUCGCCAACGUGCGCCUCGCCGUAACUGGCAUUACACCAUCGUGUCCCGGCGGUAUCGGGCUGUGGAACGAUGGGGGUUAUAAAGCCACCAUGGUGGUGGUCUUCGGGGAUGCUGAUGUCGUUGCUGGUGUCGAAUGCAAUGACCUCUCUCUGCUGGGGCGGGUGAUUGGCUUUGCUCCUCCGAUUCGCCAUCUUCAAACAACGAUGGGGCGGUUAUGGGGGUGCCGCGGAGCCAUCUCUGUCCUCCCGGUUGCGGAAGGUCUCUUCCAGUUCGUAUUCCCGUCGGAGAAUGAUAUGGAUGCUGUGUUGAAGCAGUCUCCUUGGUUCCUACCCAAGUUCUUGGUCAACCUGGCCCCAUGGGUGGAGGUUACUCCGACGGUUGCCGACCAACUCUGGAAAGUCCCCCUCGACCUGCAAUUCUGGAAUAUUCCUCCCCAAUGUUGCACUCGGAGGAUGGCUUCUCUCCUGGGCUUGGCUUUGGGGAAGAGUGAGGCGGCUGCGGUUCACCGCAUCUCGGGCUCCAGCGAACUCUACCUCCGUGCGAAGGUUUGGCUGGAUGGUCGAUUGCCAUUACCGACCUCGGUCCCUGCUGCUCACGACAAGGGAGGGAUAGGGCCGUUCUCGGCGACGAUCACCUUCAAAAGGCUCCCCCAAUUCUGCUAUCUAUGUGGUAUUUUAGGCCAUGUUGGACAACACUGUCCUCGCCGCGAGGAGCUUCUUGGCUCGGUGACCCCUUACGGCAAGCAUCUGAUCGCAACAAAAUCAUGCCCCAAAGUCAAUGAACGUUCUCUGCUCACCAGGAAGCAAUACACUUGGAUUCGCCAGGAGGUUGCAGAUUCUUCGUCACAGGGGCGCUCACCUGCUCAAAAGGAGACGGUGCUGCUCAUGGAUCGUCAAGGGCGGAUGGAUUUGGCUGCGAAUGGGAAGUUUGGACAUCUCCCGCCUUCUGGGAGCGUUCCUGCUCUGGACAUUGUACCUUCCUCGGAGAGGGGCUUGAUGGCACAACCUGUAUCAUCGUUGAUCAGGCAGAGGGAGCUGCUGGCCGACCCUGCAAGUGCUGGAAUAGCGAAGAAAGCUCGCUGUGAGCCUAUGAAUACAGCAGUCGAAAAUGAGGAGUGUGAUGUGGUGGAGGCAACCAGCCCGAACUGGUCCCACCCGGCGCCAUGA